AUGAAGCCCCUGAGUAAUGAUAAUACCAGCAGCAGCAGCAACAACAACUGGUUGGGUUUUUCUCUCUCCCCAUACAUGAACAACAUGGAGGGUCCUUCAGACCCUCACCAAGCUCAGGCUUCCUCUAGUCAAUCCAGUGGAGUACCACCAAGCUUUCUUCAUCCUCCCUAUCAUUUCAACUACUCUGGCACUUACUAUGGAGUUAAUGGUGAAAAUGGCGGGUAUUAUUCUCCUCUCUCUAUGAUGCCACUCAAGUCUGAUGGAUCAUUGUGCAUAAUGGAAGAUAUCAACAGGUCACAACCACAAGGAAUGGUAACUUCAACACCAAAACUGGAGGACUUCUUUGGUGGUGCCACAAUGGGGACCCAUCAAUAUGAAAGCAGUAACAGAGGAGCUAUGGCUCUCAGCUUAGACAGCAUUUACUACCACCAAAAUCCAAACCAUGAGCCCAACAGUCAAGACUUUCUAAACAAUCUCCAACACAGCUCCAGGCAAGUUCAACAGCAGACUGAGGUCCAACAAUACCCAGAUUACUCUUCAUUUAGAGGCCAUGAGUUGUAUCAGACACCACAGCAGGAGGAUAAGGAGACCCAGCUUGCACAUUGCAAUCUUGAGCUCCCAACAAUGGCAGACCAUGAAGUCUCUGGCAUGAAAGACUGGGUUUCAAGAACCUACCACCAAGCUGGACAGGCAUUGGAUCAGAAGAUGAUGGGCUGUAUGAAUGAGAAUGGGGGAGGAUCUGUGUCUAUUGGUGCAGUAGGGUAUGGAGAUUUGCAUUCUCUGAGCUUGUCCAUGAGUCCUGGUUCUCAAUCAAGCUGUGUUACUGGUUCACACCAGAUCUCACCUACAGAUUGUGUGGCCAUGGACACGAAGAAAAGAGGAUCUGAGAAAAUAAAUCAGAAGCAGAUUGUUCAUAGGAAGUCCAUCGAUACAUUUGGACAGAGGACCUCACAGUAUAGAGGUGUUACUAGGCAUCGAUGGACUGGAAGAUAUGAAGCCCAUCUAUGGGAUAAUAGUUGUAAGAAAGAAGGACAAAGCAGGAAAGGCAGGCAAGGGGGAUAUGAUAUGGAAGAAAAGGCUGCCAGAGCUUAUGAUUCAGCAGCACUGAAGUAUUGGGGACCUUCGACCCAUAUCAAUUUUCCGUUGGAAAACUAUCAACAAGAGCUUGAAGAAAUGAAGAACAUGACCAGACAGGAAUAUGUUGCUCACUUGAGAAGGAAAAGCAGUGGCUUUUCAAGGGGAGCUUCUAUGUAUAGAGGAGUAACAAGACAUCAUCAACAUGGGCGAUGGCAAGCUAGGAUCGGCCGAGUUGCAGGAAACAAGGACCUUUAUUUAGGAACAUUCAGCACCCAAGAAGAAGCUGCCGAGGCCUAUGACAUUGCAGCAAUCAAAUUUCGCGGGGCAAAUGCUGUAACCAACUUUGACAUAUCAAGGUACGAUGUGGAGCGAAUCAUGGCAAGCAAUACACUUCUUGCCGGGGAACUGGCUAGGCGAAAUAAGGACACAGAACCAGGCAAUGAAUUCUCUAAUCACAACCCUUCUCACAACAACCAUAAUGGGGAAGCCAGUGUUUCAAAGGAGAACAAUGGAAGGGUAUCAGACUGGAAAGUGACCCUCUAUCAGUCUUCUCAACCUGAUCAUAAUCCAAGUAAUCUGGGGGAGUUCAAGGGCCCAUCUUUUCCUCUGGCUGCACAUAAUCUGAUUGGGACAGAUCCAAUGAGCUCAGCUCCUAUAGAGCUGGAUGAGUCGACCAAGAUGGCGCCUCACUUUUCAAAUGCCUCUUCCUUGGUGACCAGCUUGAGCAGCUCAAGAGAAGGCAGCCCUGAUAAAAACAACAGCCUUCCAAUGCUUUUAGCGACGCCUCCAUCAGCAUCCAAGUUUUUUACCAGUCCAUCAACAAGUGCUCUGAAUGCUUGGAUCUCAUCAGCCCAGCUAGGUCCUCGUGUGCCAGUUUUUGCCGCGUGGGCAGAUACAUCAUAG